UACCUUAUUAUAAUUUGAUAUCCUCAGCUACAGGAAUUCCCAGAGUUGCAGCUGUAAAAUAGAAAGCAAUCCUCAACUCAGUUUUGCACUUUGGUGUUUCUAGUUACCGGGAAAACCAAAGAGCAGGAAAAAGCCUCAUUACUUUUGCUCUGACAGUCUGACUGCCAUUCUUAAGUAGGAGGAGUACUAGCAAGGAGCUAGAGCCUAGAAGAUGGUGGUUUGAGACUGGAUUCUCCAUUUUAUAAAAAAUGUCGGCAUCUUCUUGGAUCACCACACUUUCUUGCUCCAGCUCUGUGGCAGGCAGCUCACCUUUGCAAUGGCUAAGAUUCAUCUUUCUCUCUCCAUGCCCUCAAAGAGCACUCAUAUCUGCUCUACACAUCCUAUUCUUGAUCGUCCUCUCUGCUCAUAAGCUCUACUCAAGAUUCUCCACCACUCGCCAUUCGAUCACUACUCCUUUGAUCAACAGCAAGAAUGAUAUUGUUAGAACCAAUAUAUGGUUCAAGCUCGUCUUGCUCGUGUCGUUGUUAGUUGCAAUCUCUUCGUCUGUUUUCUGCAUUCUUGCUAUUAGCAAAACUCAUGAGCUGUCAUGGAAGACCGUGGAUGGGUUGUAUUGGUUGAUCCAAGCGAUUACUUAUCUUGUUAUUGCUCUUCUUGUUGUUCAUGAGAAGAGAUGUCGAGCAUCGAAACACCCUUCCACUCUCCGUGCUUUUUGGACAGUCCAGUUUGCUGUCUUGGCGUUGUUCUUUGCUUCUGGUCUCACACGUUUGAUAUCCUUUCAAGAAAGUGGUGCUGAGUUGAGAGCAGACGACAUUGGCUCAAUUUUCGUCUUCUCUUUAUCCAUCGUGCUUCUUGCAGCCGGAAUCAGAGGGGCGACGGGUGUUGAGGUGGUCACUGAUCAUCACUCUGAUUCAGAAACAAACUUGUAUUCGGAUAAGUCCACCGUGACUGCCUAUGCUUCAGCUUCCAUUAUCUCCAAAACCUUUUGGAUUUGGUUGAAUCCCCUUUUGAAGAAAGGCUACACAGCCCCCCUCAAGCUCGAGGACGUGCCUACCCUCUCACCGGAGCACAAGGCAGAGCGGUUGUCGCGCCUCUUCCAAAAGAACUGGCCUAAACCCGAGGAGAACUCAAACCACCCUGUUGUGAAGACGCUGGUCCGUUGCUUCUGGAAGCACCUCGCCUUCACUGCCUGCCUCGCGCUUCUCAGGCUCUGCGUCAUGUACAUUGGCCCCACCUUGAUCCAAGGGUUCGUCGAUUUCACAGCGGGGAAGGGCACUUCCCCAUACGAGGGAUACUACCUCGUGUCUAUUCUGUUAGUUGCCAAAUUUGUUGAGGUUUUGAGCUCUCACCAGUUCAACUUCCACACUCAGAAGCUUGGUAUGCUUAUUCGUUCCACGCUCAUUACAUCCUUGUAUAAGAAGGGGCUGAGGCUGUCUGGCUCGGCUAGACAAGCUCAUGGGGUCGGGCAGAUUGUGAACUACAUGGCUGUCGAUGCUCAGCAGCUCUCAGACAUGAUGUUGCAGCUCCACGCCUUGUGGCUUAUGCCGAUGCAGAUAUUGGUGGCGUUGGUCAUCCUUUACCAGUAUCUUGGCACUGCCACUUUGGCAGCGCUGGCGGGGCUUGGCUUGGUCGUUCUCUUCGUGCUGUUUCGUACCAGGAUGAAUAACAAGUACCAGUUUCAGAUCAUGAGGAACCGUGACUCCAGAAUGAAGGCCACGAACGAGAUGUUGAGCUACAUGCGUGUGAUCAAGUUCCAGGCUUGGGAGGAACACUUCACCAAGAGGAUUCGGUCGUUUCGAGAGACUGAGUACCAAUGGCUGUCCAAGUUUAUGUACUCCAUCUCGUCUAACAUCAUCGUGUUGUGGAGCACGCCGGCUGUGAUCUCCACAAUUACGUUUGGGAGUGCUCUACUGCUUGGCUUCCCUCUAACUGUUGGGACUGUCUUCACAACAACCUCACUGUUGAAGAUGCUGCAGGAGCCGAUCAGGACGUUCCCCCAGUCGAUGAUCUCCCUGUCGCAGGCCAUUAUAUCUCUGCAAAGGCUGGAUAAGUUCAUGACGAGCACAGAGUUGGUGGAUGGCACGGUGGAGCAUGUUGAAGGGUGCGACAGCGACAUUGCUGUGGAGGUUAGAGAUGGGACUUUUAGCUGGGACGACGAGAGCAGGGAGGAGGUUGUUAAGAAUUUGAAUUUCGAGAUCAGGAAAGGGGAGCUUUCGGCCAUUGUUGGGACGGUCGGAUCAGGGAAGUCUUCCCUUCUUGCAGCAGUUCUGGGUGAGAUGUACAAAUUAUCUGGGAAGGUUAGAGUGUGCGGUAGCACUGCUUACGUUGCCCAGACUGCGUGGAUCCAAAAUGGGACGAUACAAGAAAACAUAUUGUUUGGUUUGCCGAUGAAUGUGGAGAAAUACAAGGAAGCUAUCAGAGUGUGUUGCAUGGAGAAGGACUUGGAGAUGAUGGAGUUUGGAGAUCAAACUGAGAUUGGAGAACGCGGUAUCAAUCUGAGUGGCGGCCAGAAGCAACGGGUUCAGCUUGCACGAGCUGUUUAUCAGGAUUGUGACAUAUAUCUUCUUGAUGAUGUGUUUAGCGCCGUUGAUGCUCACACGGGAUCAGAUAUUUUCAAGGAAUGUGUUAGAGGAAUUCUUCGAGACAAGACUGUUAUACUCGUUACACACCAAGUCGACUUCUUGCAUAACGUUGAUCAGAUCCUAGUUAUGAAAGAUGGCUCCAUCGUUCAAUCUGGCAAGUACGACACUCUACUGGACUCUGGAUUGGAGUUUGCGGCUUUAGUCUCCGCCCAUGAAGCCUCUAUGGAGCUCGUUGAUGUGGAGACAAAAAACGAGGACAUGGCCUCCCCAAAGGUGAAAACUCAAAGAUCUUUCAAACAAGGAGAAGCAAACGGGGAUAGUAACUCGCAAGAGAAAUCCGAGCAAAAGGGAGAUUCCAAGCUCAUCAAGGAGGAAGAGAGAGCCACGGGGAAAGUGAGCUUAGCCAUUUAUAAGCUGUAUUGCACGGAGUCAUUUGGAUGGUGGGGCGUUGCGGCCAUGCUCUUUUUCUCUGUAGCAUGGCAGGGGAGUUUGAUGACGAGUGAUUACUGGCUGGCCUACGAAACCUCAGAUGCAAAUGCGGAUUCGUUCAACCCUUCCCUCUUCAUUUCAGUGUACGCCAUCUUGGCAGCAGUUGCCUUCGUUUUAAUCCUCGUAAGGAGCAUCUUGGUUGCGGUUAUGGGAUUGAGGACGUCCCAGAAAUUCUUCGGGCAGAUUCUUCAUAGCAUCCUGCAUGCGCCCAUGUCGUUCUUUGACACAACGCCCUCGGGAAGAAUCUUGACUCGGGCUUCGACUGAUCAAACCAACUUAGAUAUCCUGAUUCCGUUUUUCACGAGCAUCACCCUCGCCAUGUAUAUAACUCUGCUCAGCAUCUUAAUCAUCACCUGCCAGUACGCUUGGCCGACCAUUAUCCUCGUGAUUCCUCUUGGCUGGCUGAAUUUCUGGUACCGGGGGUAUUACCUCUCUACAUCUCGUGAAUUGACUCGACUUGAUUCCAUCACCAAAGCACCAGUCAUUCAUCAUUUUUCGGAGAGCAUCACCGGUGUCAUGACCAUCCGUUGCUUCAGGAAGCAGGAGAGCUUCUGCCACGAGAAUGUGAAUCGUGUGAACAGUAAUCUGCGCAUGGAUUUCCACAACAACGGAUCCAACGAGUGGCUCGGAUUUCGCCUGGAGCUAAUGGGAAGCUUCAUCCUCUGCAUGUCUGCAUUGUUCAUGACAAUUUUACCUAGCAGCAUUAUCGCGCCAGAGAACGUGGGCUUGGCUCUAUCGUAUGGUUUGUCGCUAAACACGACGCUGUUUUGGGCCAUAUACAUGAGUUGCUUUUUGGAGAAUAAGAUGGUCUCAGUUGAGAGGUUAAAACAGUUCACCGUCAUACCAUCUGAGGCCGAAUGGAAGAAUGAGGACUCCACCCCUCCGCCUAACUGGCCAUCGCGUGGAGAUGUUGAGCUCAACAAUGUGCAGGUCAGGUAUCGCCCUGAUACGCCUCUGGUUCUCAAGGGGAUCAGUCUGAGCAUAUCCGGGGGGGAGAAGAUCGGAGUUGUUGGUCGAACAGGAGGCGGGAAAUCCACAUUGAUCCAGGUUUUGUUCAGAUUGGUUGAGCCAUCUGGUGGGAAGAUCAUCAUCGAUGGCAUUGAUAUCUCGGCACUGGGGCUUCAUGAUCUGAGGUCCCGCUUCGGAAUCAUCCCUCAAGAACCGGUUCUUUUCGAAGGAACUGUAAGGAGCAACAUCGACCCCACAGACCUCUAUUCAGACGAUGAAAUUUGGAAGAGUCUCGAGCGCUGCCAGCUCAAGGACGUUGUGUCUUCGAAACCUGGGAAGCUGGACUCAGCAGUAACUGACAAUGGAGACAACUGGAGCGUCGGACAGAGGCAGCUCCUCUGCCUAGGAAGAGUGAUGCUGAAAAAGAGCAGACUCCUAUUCAUGGACGAAGCAACUGCGUCCGUUGAUUCUCACACGGACGGGGUGAUCCAGAAGAUUAUCCGGGAGGACUUUGCCUCGUGCACCAUCAUAAGCAUUGCGCACAGGAUACCAACGGUCAUGGACUGUGAUCGUGUGCUGGUCAUAGAUGCAGGGCUGGCCAAGGAGUUCGACAGACCGGCUCACUUACUCGAGAGGCCAUCGUUGUUCGGGGCACUGGUGCAGGAGUACGCCAACCGGUCAGCAGAACUGUGAUGAGUCGAGAUUGUCAUUUUUGCAAGCUAAAUAUGGAGGGAGGGGAAAUAAGGGCACAAGGCUGUUAACAACAGUUAUUCUUAUAAAAUAUUUAUGUAUGUCUCAAUUCCGAGAUGGAGUAGUAUUAAUUCAUAAUUUGUGUUUGCCAGAUUUUAACAGAUUUAGUUCGUUCUAUUUAUUUUUCUGUCUACUGUGCCUUAUCAUAACUCAAUGAACAGAAAAUUGUAGGAGUAUGUAGCUUAGUAGAUUAUUGUGAAAUACUUAUCCAUAUGUUGUUUAUUCAUGUAAACAGUUUAUAUGCUCUAGCCGACAUUUUAUUUCGUUGGAAUUUAAUUUUAUUAUGACAUUUAAUAUUUAUUUAA